ACUCAAGCGUCGUUGCAAGUGCGCGUAGGGACAUUGAAUGCAGUUACACUGAACAACAGUCAACCUUUUAGCAAAAGCUGAAAGGUUUAACUCCUUUAUACAUUAAUAUAAUUGUGAAACGCGUGUUCGGUUCACCGGAAGAGAUAAAUAGUGAUAACUUAAUGAAUAAAAAACGCACAGCAGCAGGGGUUGUUGAAGACGAAAUUGACUGGGGAGAGAAGACAGCUGGAGGGGAGAAUAUUAUGAAGAAGAGCAGCUCAAAGUGGACAGAAACUUUAUUGAAAAGUGUCCACACUGGUCUCCCUAAUCCGGUUUCAGAUCCUGUGAAAUGUUCCCUGAUAGCAGGAGAGUAUCUCUACUUCCAUUAUGGCUGUGAUGGGCAGGACGACAGAGGCUGGGGAUGUGGCUACCGCACCGUUCAGACCAUGGCUUCCUGGCUGUGCCACAGCUGGUCCCCACCGAGGGGCCAGUGCAGGCCCCCACCCAGCCUGCCUGAGAUCCAACAAGCUUUGGUGUCGAUGGGGGACAAACCAGGCUCGUUUUCAGGCUCCAGAGAGUGGAUAGGAACUUUUGAAGCUUCCCUUAUCCUUGACUACUUCUAUGAUGUUCCCUGUAAGGUGGUUCAUGUUCGAGGCGGUGGGGCAGAGCUGGAGCAGGUGGCAGUGGAAGAGCUCCAUCAGCACUUUCAGAGGCAUGGGUCUCCAGUCAUGAUGGGAGGGGACAGGGAUAACUCAUCAAAGGGGAUCUUAGGGGUGUGCACCGGGGACAAGGGGAGCCACCUGCUAAUCGCUGACCCCCAUUACUAUGGAUGCCCCCUGGACAAGGCAGAGUUACAGAGGCGAGGAUGGGUGGCUUGGAAAAGAGUGUCAUCUCUGGAUCACUCUUCAUUUUACAACCUAUGUUUGCCUCAGACUGCCAAGAGAGGAUAGAGAACUAUGUGACAUGUGCAAGGACCUGUUUCAGAUCCACAGUUUAAUUAUAUUUAAAAUAUGCAGAAAUUAUGGCACAAUAUGUCACCAUCUGGACUGCUGCUGACUGUUUGCUGCAGGGCUGGAGAUCAACAGUGACUCACAGAAAACUCUGAAACUGAAUUGUCAGUCAGUGUCAGUGUUUUGAAAGGUGCUGCAGUGCCAUCAUGUGGGCAGAAUCAUUAUCAAAAGGUAUUUGAAAUAAAACACAAAAUGUUUGUCUUUAU